UGACUCCAAUUCCGGAAUCUUCCCCAGUAACGGAAAAGCAAGACACCAUCAGUGCCAUGUGCCAGCAACUAUCUCAAGGUCUUACACUCCUUAGCAGUACUGAUGAUCCUUUUUUGUCUUCAACAGUAAAAGAACAUCAAAAUCAGCAAGUUAUAAAUCCAUGGGCUGGAGCUGGAUUAAGUUCUCGGGCUGAAGCUUGGCUUGCUAGCAAUACCAAUGCUAUACAAGAUAAAGAAGAGCAGAAUAACUCAUCUGGAGAUAAUAUUUCCCCUGGAAGUCUUGUGAAAAGUACAUCAAAUCCAUCAGAUUUAUUUGUUAUUCCACCACAUAUGACAUCUGCACAACCACCACCAACACAACCAGUGGUACCACCUCGUCGAAGCAGUCCAAAUUUUUCUCAUUUACGUAGUCAGUCAUUAGGCUCAGCAGAAGCUUUUGUAUUUCAAAAUUCAGGUAAUAAAUCGGUCACAUAUGAUCGAUCACAACAUAUUAAAUCAGCACAACCAGAAAUUCAGAAUCAUUCCCAAACAAAAAGUACAUGGGCUAAUGGGAACAUUCAUUCAUCAUCUCAAUCUUCGGAACCCCCACCUUAUAAAGAUCCAUUUGAUGCAGAAUGGGCUGCACUUGCAACACGACAUCAAGUAAGCACAAAUCCUUUUGCACAACAUUCUGUCAAAGCAUUUGAAGUGCAUAUGUGAAUAAAAAUUUAUGAAAUUAGCCAAAUUGUAUUGGUUGUUAACUGCUGUGAAUUUGUUUUAUAUCCAGAAAGAAAUAACUUAAAAAGUUUAAUUGCUUGAAGGAAGUUUUCUUCAAAAAUGACGGCAGCUGCUGCACCAAAAUUGUAUGUUGAUUGCCUUACUAGUUAUAAUUGUUAUCAACCAGAUGGGCAAUGUUGUUACAGCAAAAUUUGGCAUGUUGUUUUUAACUAUACUUAAAGAAAUAUAUUCAAAAUAUGCAUUUCAGUUGGCUAAUUAUUACAUAAUCAUUCCAUAUUCAUAAUAUGCAGCUGUUUGGACAUAGAUAUUUAGUGGGUUGAUAACUGUAUAUUAUAUUCAUAAUACCAACUAUUAUGCUGUGUAUUUGAUUAUUCUUCAUUCAUAGAAAUUAGUCUGAAAAUUUUUUCUCUUUCUGGAGAAAAGAAAAUCUCUUACAAUUUGUUUGUUCAUCCGUCUGAGAAACAACGAAUGGAAAACUGUGUAAAAGGAAGCUUGCAUGUGAUUUGUUACAAUCCGGUCCUGUUCUUCAAAUAAAGCAGUACAUAUUUUUUGAUAAUGAUAUAAAGUCUGCAAUUAAAUUUUUCAGUGAAUGCUUAGUUUUAUCAUGUUCAGAGACAAGCUGGAUAGACGAAAAUUCUGAUGUCUGGAAUAUAUAUCAGACUAGUGCCCUAGCCAUCAAAGAAAAAUGAUCAUAUCCUUUUAUUUUCUCCAGAUGUAGCAACCUGCUGUAAAAUCUGACUUCAUUUCACCUUUGUACAGACUUUAUAGGGUGAUCUAAAGUGUGAUGUUUAUACAGGAGAAAACUAUAUUGAUGUCAGAUUGUACAAUAUACAGUAUAUGCCACUUACUACUCAGGCAAGCCUUUGUGUAUCAGAAAUUCUCAUUUUAACUCUUCCAUAUUUGUGCUGACUAAUAUACCGUGCUUUGAUUUUAUUUCUUCCGAACCUCACUGCACAAAAUCUAAUUAGCUAGACCGCAUUAGAAUAAUAGUAACACAAAUGUGUAUAGUAUUAUAUUACUUUAACCAAAAGAUGAUGGCAUACAAUAAUAACAUAAAAAGAGGUUAAAACAAAAAACUGCCUAUUAUGAUUUUAUAUGUACAUGUGAGAUCUAAUAUUGAACAAAGUUCAUAAUUAACUUGUAUUUGUUCUUGUCACUUAGUGUAAUAAAAAAAAACAUAAAUAUUAUUACAAGUUUCUG